UGGCUGUGUCGCUGCAGUCGGUAAAUGGACGUUUGAUGUGGUGUUUGUCAAGAUUGUGCUUUAGUGUGUUUACAGUGAUUUAUUCCACAAUAGUAUAAUCCUAAUUGAGGUUAAAGCUAUUAAGGAGUAGAUGAAGGUGACGGUAUGUCUCGCAACAAAGACAAGCAUGAGGGCGCAAGCGGGCGCACUUAUCAUAUCAUGUCGGAGGCGGAACGUGCGUCAGGCCGGCGCGGCGGUUGGACCUCGCUUGAGGUAACAGGAGGUGUCCGCGCCCUGGCGCCCCAGCUGUUCCAACUGUCGCACCUGACUGCGCUGUACCUGAACGACAACUCGCUGCAGCGGAUCCCGCCCGACAUCAACAUGCUAGCCAACCUUCACACCCUGGACGUGUCCAACAACAAGCUGAGGUCGUUGCCCGCGGAGCUCGGCGACCUCAUCCAGCUAAGGGAACUACUCCUACACAAUAACUACCUCAGAGUGUUGCCAUACGAACUGGGCAAGCUCUUCCAUCUUCAGAAAUUAGGAUUGCACGGGAACCCGCUGAGCAAGGAGAUGCUAUCGAUAUACAAUGACAGCAACGGCACCUCCAAGCUUCUGACGUAUAUGCUGGAUAAUUUACAAGUAACUGCCACCUUGCCGCCACAGAGGCCUUGGAUACCCUUAACGCGACCCAACAGAACUCGUCCUACCUGUAUCUUCACGGUGAUGUGCUACAACGUCCUCUGCGAUAAGUACGCCACGAGACAGAUGUACGGCUACUGCCCCAGUUGGGCGUUAGAGUGGGACUACCGGAAGAAAGGAAUCCUGGAUGAAAUUAGACAUUAUUCCGCAGACUUAAUUAGUUUACAGGAAGUAGAAACCGACCAAUUUUACAAUUUCUUCCUACCAGAGCUAAAAAGCGACGGUUACGAUGGCAUUUUCUCACCAAAAUCACGAGCGAAGACCAUGUCAGAGUCGGAAAGGAAAUACGUCGAUGGUUGUGCCAUCUUCUUCAGAUCUGCAAAAUUCGCGUUAGUAAAAGAGCAUCUAAUUGAAUUCAACCAGCUCGCGAUGGCAAACAGCGAAGGCUCAGAUAACAUGUUGAACCGCGUCAUGCCCAAGGACAACAUCGGCUUGGCUGCGCUGCUGAAGACCAAAGAAGCAGCGUGGGAGAACGGCUUACCAACGGAUUCUUCGAUGCUCGGACAGCCAAUUCUAGUAUGCACGGCACACAUCCAUUGGGACCCCGAGUUUUGCGACGUGAAGCUGAUCCAGACGAUGAUGCUGAGCAACGAGCUACGCAGCAUCCUGGACGACUCGGCGCGGACGCUUCGGCUGGCGGGCCAGCGCGACAACGUGCAGCUGCUGGUCUGCGGGGACUUCAACUCACUGCCUGACAGCGGCGUAGUUGAGUUCCUGUCGGCCGGGCGCGUGUCGUCGGAGCACCGGGACUUCAAGGCGCUGGGGUACGCCACGUCGCUGCGCCGCAUGCCCGGCUCCGAGCACGAGUUCACGCACAACUUCAAGCUGGCCUCCGCCUACAGCGAAGACAUCAUGCCCUACACCAACUACACAUUUGACUUCAAGGGUAUUAUCGACUACAUAUUCUACUCGAAGCAGUCGAUGACCCCCCUGGGGCUUCUGGGCCCGCUGUCGCAGGACUGGUUCCGGGAACACAAGGUGGUCGGCUGCCCGCAUCCGCAUAUACCCUCAGAUCACUUCCCCCUACUGGUGGAGCUAGAGAUGUGCCCGGCGAGCGGCAACUCCAACGGGCUCAUCGGGCGCAGGUAGCACCCGUCGCCCGCGCCCGCGCCCGCGCCCGCGCCCGCGCCCGCGCCCGCGCCGCGCGCCCGCCGCCGCCGCCACGACCUCGCCGCCACGCCGCCGCCGCCGCGCUAGCCGCGCCAGCGCCGCGACCGAACAUCUCUGCCACGCUACAUACUACAAACAAACUCGCGCAGCAGCUAAGAGAUUUGUCUACGAGGGCUCGGUCCGAUCUUAAUAUUUGCACGUUCGACUUUUUUCUCGAUCGAGGGUCUCUCAAAUUAGGCGACCGCCCCUAAAAUGUAAAGUCUCCGGCUGUGUAUUUUUCUUCUUAUUAGGUACGAGGGGGCCCGGGUACUAGUGAAUGUUGCCGGACGAUAAUUUUGGCCGAAGGUUUUGGUUAUUUAUUAAUAUUAUGGUAGCGCUUUCGUUGAGCGCGGGGACCGGCCGAGCCGUCGCGAACGUUUUAUGAUCCGCGCGGAUUUCGUUCGGCUGUAAUAGUCGAUCUAUGAACGUGCCGGUUUCGCCGCUCCCCGAUUCCCUGCCCGUCGGUGACAAUUUUAGUAUAAUAGUAGGUUUGUAGCUGUGCUCGUUUCGUUCGCUUAGACGGAUAAACCGUGACGGUCGUACAGAUAAAUGUGGUAGUUGGACGUACGUACGUGACAUGUCACUCGGCGGCGGGAAUCCGGGAGCGAACUAUCUGUGCAAUGUGUCCCACGUGUUGACGUGUGACGUAGUCAAAUAAGUAAUGAGUCGCACGAGAUGAGGCGACAUAUCGCCUCGGCAUUCACAAUUCCAGUAGUUUAGGCUUACACAGUUAUUGUUAUAGUAUCUUAAUUGUUAAAUGUUAAUAUUUGGCAAUUCGUUACAAUAAAACACUGUAUAGUGCUACAAUACUUGGACAUUAGUACAUUUUAGCUGUCAAACCCGAGGUUAGGAUAUAUCGCGCCACCAGUGCGUCUUAUUAUUAAUUUUUCUAUGACGUGUACCGAGCGUACACUGCAAUCGUAUGCAUAUUAUUAUUUAGUACGUGGAGUUUUUCUCUGUAGAAUCAUCUACAAAUCAGAUGUUAAGUAGUACUAAUUUUGACGACUAUUAAAACGUAUUCAAUGAAAUAAAUCAGACCUACGCUUAUUGUGUCAAUGAAUAUUUAUGAUGAAAUAAUGUAAAUGGUACAUGAAGAAUAUUUUUUCAAUAGUGGUAAACUGUGGCGGAUAAGCUUAGGUUUUUCGAUGUUACAUAUUAUACAGUUGAGGAAUGGCUCGAGAAAUAUAUUAAUUUUUAAAUGAAGUUACGAUAAGACUAAUGUGAGGUGUAAUUUUAACAAUUUUGACGUUGCCGAGUGCGGGCGUGUGUCGUCAAACGUCCAUUUACCAUUGUUAGUUAUAAAAUACUUUUAAUUCCUCCACUGUAUAUUAUUUAGAUAAUAUUUGUAUUCUGGUCAUGCAUCGCAGUGUAUGUGUGUGCGAGUCAGUAGCGAAUAGAAAGGGAGACGGGUGACGUCAGCUUUCACGAGACUUUCUUUAUAUUUGUAUGAAAAUCAGUGAGACAUCAAUACAACGUCAAAAAAGUGAUGAAGUAAUCGUUUAUUAGGAUUAUCACGUAGUUUUUUAGUCAGUUCAGUUAAGUUAAAUAUAAAGCUUCUAUAAAGUGCAAGUACAAUAUUUCUAACAGCUUUUAAGUAAGUGUCUCAAAUUAAUAAAAAAAGUUUUUAGUAAUAGUAUACGACGCACAGCGUGAAGCUAUUAACAAAAAUUACACCUCUCGCUUCGACCAACUGUCACGGGCAUCACCUUUGGACGCGACAGCAGGGUUAGCACAUGAUUGCCGCGAGAGUAUGUCGCCGCGAGAUGGACUACCCGUCCUUAUGUCAUUAAUACAGUUAGAAGAAGACGUGUCAUCUAUCUCGCGGCGCCAUACUCUCGCGGCCAUCAUGUGCUAGGCCCACAGGAUAGACAAACAGCAACACACUUGGAACACGGUGUCGACGUCUCACUGAUUGUAGUGGAGGGACGGUGGUGAGAGCGCAGUGCCGGUCGGCAGGAGCGGUUCAUGUUGACGUGAGUUGGCGGCUCAGAACAAAGCGGCGGGCGAUACCUAGGUUAAUGUCGCAUCGUGUGUUCCAACAAACGCAGCAGCGAGACUAUUUUUAAUAUAUAGUUAUAGCCCAUCUACCCCCUUCCUUGGUAUUCUGUAGAACUCUUUGUAAGCGGAGAAUAGAUUAAUAUGAUAAGUGCAUUUUCUAAAAUGUCCCUCUUUAGGCGUGCUCUGCCUCUCGACGCGCCCCAUUAGUUUUAAGUCAAUAUAUAGUAUAUAUUCUGCAUGCGGCCGAAAUCAAUAGCCCAAUGAUUAAAAAAAAAACCCUAUGAAACAAUUUUAAUCGGUAUAAUGGUAACUGCCAUUUUUGAAAAUCUCAACUUGUACUGGUUUGUUCAUAAGCCGUUUCUAGUUACAGGGCAGCACAUUGAACACUUUAUUCAUGCACUAGAAUUAAUUAUUCAAAAUAAGCAUAUAAAAACUUCCAUAAAAAAGUACUUCUUAAUAACACAUGCUUCUUCCCAUUAAUAUCUGUUGUAUAAUUCAAAACUCUUCAGUAUUUUUUGUUCUCUCUUUUUGGUCUGGAUCAGAUAGGUCCCAUUUUUAGAUAGGUUUAGUUUAUCCAUACUAAUAUUAUAAAUGGGAAAGUGUGUGUGUCUGUUUGUUUGUCCGUAUUUUACGGCCAAACGGAGCGACGCAUUGACGUGAUUUUUUUAAGUGGAGAUAGUUGAAGGGAUGGAGAGUGACAUAGGCUACUUUUUGUCUCUUUCUAACGCGUGCGAUGCCGCGGGCAAAAGCUAGUUAUCUAUAUGUUUGAAGCAGGGCGCGUCGCGAGGCAAUCCACGCCUAUUCGUUUUAUACACCUAGCAGGGAACAUACUGGAGUAGUACAAAUGAUUGUAUGAAUUUUAACUUUUUGAAGUGAUUGUAGGUAUUUAUCGAUAUUGAAGAUCUAACCACGCAGUUGCACGUCAAUGCGAGUGACAAUGGGAAUGCCAAGUGAGAUGGUGUAAACUUGCUAUUCGCUUUGCCACUCACAAUUUUGUAACUGAGAGGUUAGACAUGCCUUUUUGGAUUAGUGUCUAUUUUCCUGUGACCUGUUAGGGUCGGUUGCACCAAACCGUCUGUUACCGAAUUUCGCAAAUUGUAUGUAUGGGAAUUUCUAUAGAUUUCUGCUGCGUGACGUUGACGUGUCUGUUAACUAUGGUUGAUGUAACUGGCCCUUAGUCUUUACGACAGUCUACAUGUGUUUGUUAAGUCUUAACACCCUCAAAUUCGAAAAACUUAACAAGUCUUAGUUAGGUAGUUGAUCUAUCGAUAACACGCAAACUAUUUCUCGUUUCUAUAUGUUUGCGAGGGGUCGAGUCUAUGUCGCAAUAUGUCAUUCCUCCUGGUGUUUGUGCACACGAUAUGUAAUUAGACAUACGAUGUGUGCGGCCGCUACAAGAAUAAGCACUUGUGUGGUACGGAUAUCGGGAGGAGUGGGCUAAGAGCGUUUUCACAUUAUCCGAUACAAUAUCGGAUGAAGGAAGAAUGUCAGAGGCAAAAAUCAAAAAUGGCGCCUUUAAUAUUAUAGGAUAUCGGUCAUACAUCUGAUAUCGAAUUGGAAAAUGUGAAAACGCACUAAUGAGGCUCUGGCCUCGUGGGCUUGCGGCGCGGCCUCGUUGUGCGGCGUAUGUCGAUACUCGGAAUGGUGAUAUUUUAUUGCCGGUAACAAAUUUUGGACCACUGCAUAGUAAUUACGCUUAUAUUUUUCACUCCAUCGGAAUUAUGUAAUAUUGUAAUACCUAAAUAUUCAUUUUUUUAUUUUUAUUUUAGUUUUUACACAUAUUAUGUAUAUCAAACGAUAGGUGCUGUUGUAUUUAUUUUGUAAUUUUAAAACACGAUUGUGAUAGGGAUAACGUCUCUCUUGUACAGUCCACUGCGGAUGUAUCCCCACGCUCGAAUAGUGAUAAAAGAUUUACAGAUGACUAUUUUGAAAGGCGCGUGAAUGUGUAUAGAUCUGUUUGAGCUCCUCGACCAUGUGGAUAUAUCUACUGUACGAUGUACAUAACUCUCGGAUGAAUUGUAAAAAUGCCAAAUCAUGAAAAGGGUAUAUUGAUUAUUACUUUUAGGAUAAAUGGAGUGAAAUGAAGUUUUAUAUGAAUCAAAUUUUUACUAAUGACGCUGUAUAAUUUUCUAAGUACCUGCAGGUAGAUUUUAAAAUCAUAUCAAGGUGAUCUUCUAGUUCUCGUAUGAAUAAUAUACUUGUAGAAGUUUAAGACAAAGUCUGGCGUUGAAAUUCUUCCGGGAAGCGACGGGGAGCACAAAGUAGUUCAUAACAACUUGAAGGGUUUCAACCACAGCACUUUAUUUUGCCUUUGCUAUCUAUACGCUAAUUUCAAAUUCAAUCGUCGUCUCCAAACUGGUUUUACGUAGUAAGUGUUUUUGCAUUUAUCAAUAAACAUGUUCAUUUCUGUCUAGAGAAGCAUAAUAAUAGUAGAUAUAGUCUGAACAAUGAUAGAUAUAAUAGAUGAGCCACAAAUAAAUCCAUCAACUAAAUUAGCAGUAAAUAAUCUAGCUCGCAAGGCCACACCAUUCGAUGUUUGCAAUCAUGUGCGAAUGCUGUAGCCUUGCUAGCAGCGACUUGCUACCAUGUUCAAUUGUAAGUUAUGCUUUCGCAUUUUUUUAUUCAUUUAAUCGGCUUCAAAACGUUUCAGCUGUAUUGAGAAAAAUAGUAUAACUAUUUUCAUGUCUUACUAAAUAACAUUUUCAAAUGAUAUUUUGACCAAGAAGAACUUAGUGAUAUGGUACCCAUCACGCGGGAGUGUCAGCACCACGAGUCACAUAUUCCAGUAGAACUUCCCCGUUCAGAUCACACACAUGAAUGCGAGAGUAUCGCUUACACAUAACGAGAGCUUUAUCAUAACAAUGUAUCUUAUUUGUAGUUGAACAUAUAUGAUCUCUUUAUUUUAAUAGAAUUUUGGACAUUUUACUUACUAGUUUUAGCCGUGUGUAGUUGAAAAUAAAACUUAUAAAGAUAGCAAAUUACUUUGGUUACAUACAUCAGACAUUUUUACCUGAGAUGAGAUACAUCAAAAUUGUUGAAUUGAUCACUAUUCGUUUAGCCCAAAGUUUUUUGUCAACGAGUCGGCGGAGCUCCCCAGGGGGCUACAAUCGAAAUGUAGAUAUGUCGUUAAUGAUAUACUGACCUAAUGUGAUGAAGUCAAAACUGUACAUAGGUAUUUGUUGUAAAAAUGAAGUCUGCGUUAUUUUUAUUUGUAAAUAGUCCCUAAAACCGUAUUAUUAAAGAAAACAAUCAGUCGACUGGGGAGCUUCCGAUAAGAAUUUGCGCUUGUGUAAUUUGGAAAUUUUGAAUUUACCAAAAGGAGCCUUCAUGUUGUGUGUACAUUUAAUUUGUAAAUAUGUUAUUUCAUAACGAUGAAUGCUAAACAACGAGCGAGCCGUCGCGGUUGUCAGCCGUUUGGACUUCUGCGCACACCUCGCGACCGCUAGCCUCCGCCAGUCGUCGCGGCGCGAUCACCCGAGUUGCAUCUAGGCAGACAUUCCAUAGGCCCUAUCGAAUUAGCUCAAAACUAAAGACUGUUUGAGACUUAAAAAUAUCAAAAAUAAUGAAAAAAAUAUUUUCUGAAACACCUUGACUACUUAUAAACUGUGUUAUGGGUGAUUUAAUGAUAAGAUCGAACAGUGUAACUCACUAGAAUCUAAGAAGAAAUGCUUUAUGACACUGUGAUAGACAAUACUGCUCUACCUGAGAGACACUAUAGGCAUUUAUUCGUUGUUUCUCCUGAAAAUUCGCUGACUGCACAGUUUACGAUGCUGACAUAGUACCUCUAUUCUUACCGAAAUGUAUAAUUUUAUAAAUCCCGCCGGAAUUGUGCAUCAACGAAAAUUGUAGGCGGAGCGACGUUGUGAAGAUAUAAAUUGUUCUUAUGAAAUGGCAAUGUUAGUUAUAAAUGUACUCUCAGUAUUAAACAGGUUUUGCUUGAUUUCAUAACCAAUUCUAACCCGAAACAAUUCUCUAAACUACGCGGUUCAAUUACGUUGCUUAGAAAUUGCAAAUAAAUUCUGCAAUAUUAAAAUCAAGUAGUACCUGUUCCUGUGGACGUGUGUAAAAAUGUACAAAGCGUAUGUGCAGAAGUUCCGUCGCGGCUCGGGCCCGAGCGGGGCCGCGUCUCGCUGUGCUGUUUGUUGACACAUUAUGUAUAUUUGAAUGAAUCAAAUUAUAAGAGAAUAUGAAUUUUA